AUGGCCCUUCCGCAAACAUUCAAACAAGCAGUCUUCAAAGGAGCAGGCAAGCCUCUAGUUAUUGAAGAGGUAUCCCUGGCUCUUCCUGGUCCCGGUGAAGUCUUGGUCAAGGUUGAGGCCUGCGGUGUCUGCUUCUCGGAUACUUAUGCGCAAAAGAAUAUGCUGGGAGGCGGAUUUCCAAUCGUCCCAGGCCAUGAGAUCAUUGGACGAGUUGCUGCUGUCGGAGAUGGAGUGUCUGGGUGGGGACUGGGUGAUCGAAUUGGGGGUGGGUGGCAUGGAGCGCAUGAUGGAACCUGCAAGUCGUGCAAGAAAGGCCUGUUCCAAAUGUGCUCCAACAAGCUGAUCAAUGGCGAAACUAGAAGCGGUGGAUAUGCCGAAUAUUGUACCCUCCGCGCUGAAGCUGCCGUUCGUGUGCCUGAUCAUAUCGACGCAGCCAAGUAUGCCCCCAUUCUAUGCGCUGGGGUGACGGUCUUCAACUCAAUGCGUCAUAUGAAUGUUCCUCCCGGUGAAACUGUUGCCAUCCAGGGCUUGGGCGGGCUUGGCCACCUCGCAAUCCAGUGUGCGAACAGAUUUGGAUACCGUGUAGUCGCGAUAUCACGGGACAGCAAGAAGGAGAAGUUCGCCCGAGCGUUGGGUGCACAUGAGUACAUCGACACGAGCAAAGAAGAUGUUAGCAAAGCGUUGCGGAGGCUUGGGAAAGCCUCAAUGAUUGUCUUAACAGCGCCAAACGCAGAUGUUGUGAACCCACUAUUAAAUGGGCUAGAGGCGCGAGGGAAGCUACUAAUGCUAAGCGGACCUGGCGAAGUAACCAUUAAUAGUAGUCUCAUGGUCGUUUCCGGUCUUUCCAUCCACGCCUGGCCUUCAGGGCAUGCUACUGAUUCAGAGGAAGCAAUUGCAUUCACAGAGUUACAAAACAUCAACUGCAUGGUCGAAACAUUCCCUCUAGCAAGGGCAAAUGAUGCAUUUGAGGCAAUGUUGAAAGGGACGGUUCGGUUUAGGGCCGUGAUUACCAUGGAGUAGGAUUGUGCAAAGGGAACAUACCUAUGGGUCGCUUUCGAGAGAGAGAAAGUAAACUUCAGCCCAGAGGUUGCCUAGGGUUAUCAGCAGAGAGGCUGUAGGCCUUGGAAGUCGAUGAGGUUGAAAGCGAGGUUCACUCCGAACCCUAGGUCACAUUAAUCGAAAAUGGGCAAAACGCAUGGUCGAGUACCCGAUAUAAGCUACUCAUGAACUUAGUUCACUCACGUUUGAUAAAGUCAGCUCGGUAGCAAUGUAACACACGUAUGUGGUGGCCAUC